GGUGUUGUGGUUGGAACUGCGGUGAUUUUUUUGCUCUACAGUACAAGUGCAGUCGGAUUUUAGUGUGCAGAUUUGUGAAACGAGAGUCCUCGACCCAGAGAAUGCCGCUGAAUGCUCGUUUAUUAGCUGAGACGGCGACGAACAAGAGCAAGGAUCGGUCCAAAAAUUUGUUUACAAACACGCAAAACAACAUCACAUGCGACUAAAAGCAAUUCGCAGUAACGAGAAUCCUCGCGUCGGCCGGCCAGGUCGCGUCACCGUCGUAGUUCAGGUUACGGGCAGUCAGGGCAGGAGCGUUGGUCCACAGGGAGGCAGACAGCAUAGUUUGACGGGCGCAAGUCAGGUGGCGCCUGGCAGCGGAGUUGCGGCGGCGGCGGCGCGAGUCGUCGGUCGUUGUCGUUGGCCGUGGCCCCCGAGUCGGGCACUGCCGAGUGUGCUGCAGUCAUCUGCAGAGGAGACGACGACCGUGCGAGCAGAGCAGGUCGCGCCGGCUCGAGCGAGCAAGAGACAGAAUUUGAGAAACGAGAAGGAGGAAAUUCCGCGGAAAUCAUGUGCCGGUUGAAGCAGUGUAGUGCCCUGAGCAUGCGAAAAACGAUCCUAGUGCUCGCUGUCGGACUUGUGCUCAUAGCUGAGCCGGCCCUCGCGGCGCCCAAGAAGAGCGUCAAGCAAAAACUGCAGGAGGACCCUGAUCUUUCUCAGUUCUAUCUGUUACUAGAACAGAAUGUGCUGGCCAACUUCACGCUCAAUUUCCACAAAGCGACUUUCUUUGCUCCCACAAAUGAGGCUUUCCAAAGGUUCAAGGGACCAGUCAACGACAACCUCAUCCUCUAUCACAUCGCCUCUGGAGUGGCACAGAACCUGGAAAAGCUGAGUGACACGGUGACCACCUCGUACGACGGUUCGCCGCCCCUCUGGGUCACCAGAAUGCCAAAGGGUAGUGGCAACAAGAAAGAGCUCUUCAUCAACAAUGCGAGAGUGCUGGAGAAAAGGUCCAACUUCCAGGGUGUCAAUUCGCAGAACUCUGCUCAGGUUCUCCAUGUGAUUGACGAAGUGCUCGUGCCUUUGAUGUCAGUUUCGCCUGACACUUCAGUCGACAAUCCCGACGCUGCCACUUUCCUCGCCCAGUCAGAAAGCGUCCAGUUAGGAUCACACCGAGUCAGAUCUUUCCGUCAGAGAGUGAACCAGAACCAGAAGGAAUCUGUCUUUAAAAUGGGAGGCGGAAACACCUUCUUCAUCCCUGUCGACGAAGGGUUCAAGCCACCCCCGAGGCCCGAGAAGAUUGACAUGAAAGUAAUCGACGGUCACGUCAUCCCCAACAGGGUGCUUUUCAUCCGUUCUACCCCUGUGGGAGAGGAAUUUGACACCAUGGCUUUCACCGACAACAUUCGAGUGCAGGUUUCCUUCUCCACUCAGCCGGACGAUAAAUCACACAGAGCGUACGUGAGCAGCAAUACAAUUGUGGGCGACAACAGUCACCCGACCGGUGUGGUGAUGGCCGAAAUCGUGCACGCCAACAUCCCUGUGAAGAACGGCGUCGUGCACCUGAUCCACCGUCCUCUGAUGGUGGUCGACACCACCGUCACGCAGUUUCUUCAGUCGUUCAAGGGUAUUGUGAGUGAAAAGGAAGAUGGCCCGCUGAACAAAUUGUACGAAGUGAUCAUGGAUCACGGAGGCGAAUUCAUGACCCAGAUCACCAACAUGAAGUCGUUGACCCUGUUCGCUCCUUCGAACGCCGCCUGGGAGAACGCCAACCUGAACAAUAUCCUGCAGACAAAGGACAAGGUCAAGGAGAUUCUUCGGAUGCACUUGGUCGCCGACAAACUGCCCCUCGAAUACAUCCUCAGCCAGAACAUCAUUCAGGUCGAGUCGGCGGCGUCGCGCAAGAAUUUGUACUUCAACGUGAUCCGCCAGGGACACAACGAGACGCUGACCGUCGAGGGUGGCGGGGUCAACGCCACCGUGAUCCAGCCCAACAUUGCGGCCACCAACGGCAUAGUGCACAUUAUCGACCGUGUUCUCGGCAUUCCUUAUUCGACUGUUGGAGAAAAAUUGGCCACCGACCCUGCUCUCAACAAAACCUUCUGGUUGGGCCAAGGUGAGCGGUUCAACGAGCAAUUGAGCAACCCCUUCAAGCGCUACACCUACUUUGUGCCCCGCGAUUCAGCCUGGGAGAAGGCAGAGCUGCACUACCCUUCGACCCACAAAAAACUCUUCAUGAGGGACUUCCAGUACCACGCCCGAUCGAUUCUGGAGCGUCACCUGAUUGUGGACCAGGCUUACACCAUGGCCGAGCUCAAGGACCUUUUCCAGCAUAACGAGUCUGCCAUCCCUCACACCGUGCGCGACAUCUUGCACAUUAAGGUCAAGGAGAUUGACAAAACUGAUGCCGAGGCAGGGGAAGCCGGCUACUACCUCGAAUGGCAAGGCGAGCGCAUCCUUGUCUCCCGACCUGACGUCGAGUGCACUAACGGCAUCAUCCACGUUAUCGACACGCCUCUGCUGCGAGACGCGGACGUCCGAGUGACCGGAGGAGUGGACGGUCUGGCUCCACUCAUGUCUGUGCUCACCCUUCUGGUAGCAGCCACCCUUGCCUUCUAAGAAUUUCACCCGCCAGCCAAACAACUUUUGAGUCUCAAACUUUUGAUUGUUGAAUGUUGCUGCUGCUGCUACUUAAAAUUUCAUUUCUGACCCCUGGCCUAGAGUAAAAGCUACGGGAAUAUUAUCAACCUGGUUUCUCUAGUAGUCAGCACACACACAUACACUCUCUUUCACCUCAACUAAAUGAUAUGUUUAGUGUAUUUAUUUUUAGUUGGUUUCUUGUCGAGCAGACUUGAGAUUUGUGAUUUGAAAUCACUUUGGGCUGGCGAUUGAUGUAUCGCUUAUGAUGAAAUACUGCAGAUUUCCGGGCGGAAAUUAGCUUUUGUUUUAAUUUCAUUCCGUCGUUUAUUCUUAAUUUUUUAUACACUCCCAGCCCAAAAGGAGAGCGUUUUUUAAUUUCAUAUUUUGAGUCUGCUUUAGUAGGUAUAGGCGGAUUUUAAUUCCCCUAAAGAAGAGUAAAAUUAAUGAAAAAAAAAAUGAUGAGCCAGGCUCUCUUAGAACUGCCAAAACAUGUUGGAGCAUAAUAGUGUCCCGCAAUGUCCAAAUCGAGGCAAGAGCUCUGACGAGCGGGCAUUUCGCUGUACAUUCCUCUGUUGAAUUUGCUGGAGAGUGUCGAGAAUGGGAACGAGAUCUUAGGUCGUGAAUAAUAUGCAGUAUUUCUUUUCAACUUGAUUAAUUUCGUCAAGCAGAAUUCAGUUUUGGCCUAAGAACCGAAAAAUAGUAGAAAACAGUUCCGAACUUAUCGGACGGAAAAAGGCAGUUGAGAUUGAUUCAAUUAUAAUACCAGAUAUGACCACUACUGUCGCCGCGCGCUUUAAUAAAUACAUGUAAAUUGCAAUAAAAACUUAACCUUUAGGAGGUUCUCCGAAAAGUCAUACGAAGACACGACAAGAAAAACGCAAGCUUGAAUGUACAAUUCUGCUUGAUUGCUGAGCUUUCGACAGCAAUUAAAAUCAAAGCAGAUCGAUGGACGAAUAAAUACGGUUGGUUUUGUUGCUUGAGUAUUUUUGAGUGAAUGGUUGAUUUGAAUAUAUAAUUUUGUUCGUUUCAAUCGGAUGAUCAUCGCCGGUUGUAAAAUGUAGCAGCAAAAAAAUAUCUUGUAAAAGAAGAGGUGUGUGCUGUUUAAAAGAAAAAAUGUAUAAGAAGAAGUGGAUCGAUGGACACCUGAAUCUAAUCCAACACAAAAUAUCAGUAAAUGGAAGAAAUUACAUGUGGAUAUUUGCCUUUCCUUGUGUCUAACUAAUAAUUCUGGAUGUAUAACAAAACAAGAUUGAGUGCUAUUCAAAAAGAAGAGACCUUUGUUAUUUUAGCAUAGACUGUUUAGCCUGAAUAGCACUCAUUUUAUAUUUUGUAUGCAGAGAAGAAGAAGAAGUGUACGACAAAAUGAUAUUACUAAAAUGAUAAUUAUUCAGUUGACUGCUCUACAGCUUAAAAAAGUCGUCGGUUUAAGAGUAACAUAUUGACAUGGUUGUGUAGUCAUUCGCUAAAUGAUGAUUAUUUUUAAGAUGCACCAAAAUAAAAUCUUUGAAAAAAAAAUGCUAGUGUAUAAUACUUGAUCACAAUUAUUUUACAGCAAGUACUAUUGAGUAUGCGAAAAAAGUUCUUACAAAAUAAUAAAAAAUAAAUUACUUCAUUGUGAUCUUGCCUGUUGAUUGAGAAAAGUAAAACGCAAAACAAGCGCUGUUUAUUUCACUACCAAAGCUUGAAAAAGUAGUAAAACUGCUGAAAUGAAAAAAGUAACAAAACAAACGGAAAAAACUUAAUUGCGUGAGUGGAGAUUUUUGUAUAGAGCAUAAUAAAAUGACGCUAUAGCAAAAUGCAAGAAGUCGAGUGUGACUGCUGAUGCACUUUCUUCUUCAUCGUCUAGCCAUUUUAUUGAUUGAUCCAUUUUGGGACGUGCAUAAUGAUUCAUUAUUUUUGUAUGAUAAAAGUGCGUGGGUCACACUUGCCGCAGAGGGGAAUGUUUCACCUUGCGCGCGGGGCGAAAAGGAACCCAAGUGUUGAUUCUUUUACGACAAAUCUCAAAGACACCGCUGUUUACUCGAUUUCAUCUCAAAACUGUAAUGUUGUAUGCAAGAAAAAACACUCAAAUUAAGAUAUUGUAUCACCAAGUCACCACCGAAAGUGAAUUAAUUUUAUUGUCAGUUGAGUGGACUAAAAUUAUGAAUGGAGAGUUUGAGGUAAAAAAAAAGUGGAAAGUAUUUCAUUGGGAAUUUUAAGUAAGACCACACGUUAACUUGUGUUGGAUCAACAGAAUAUGAUAAUGCAGAUAAUGAAUAUGACGAUAAAUUAAUCCACCAGCUUGCGGUAUUUGUGAAACUGUAAAAUUUUAAAUAGGCAAUUAAAAUUUGGAAACAGAA